AAAGCAGAAUGUGAUUAAUGUUAAGAUUGUCAAAAACUUUAACCGAACAGCGUUACCAAACCCAGCGAAAUUAGAUUCCCCAGUGAUUUUCUUGUUUAUUAUAUAUAUUCUUGUAUUUGUCAUUUUCCCCAACCUCAUUAUAUCAAUGGUCAAACAUCAUAUAACUUACAACGAUCGAGUUGGGGUCUAAUUAAAAUCUCCCCUCAGAGAGAUGACUGAGUUGCAAAGGUCAGUAACAUCAUUCAGAAGACAAGGGUCUUCGGGAUUGGUUUGGGAUGACAAAUUCAUCGCUGGAAUUGAGAAUCAGAACAAACAAGAAAGUGGUGAUGAUGGAUCAAGUCCCUCGUUGCAGCGAAGCAGAUCAGCGGGGGCACCACCUUAUCGGACGGUCAACGUUGCACCACAAGCCAUGGACCCUCCUUCUCCCAAGCUAGCAACUUGUGGCUUCUGUGCUCUCUUUCGGAAACCGGUUUCUGCCAAACCCAACAAAUCUAAAAGACGUACUAGGUGAUGUAAACCGGUUCAUCAUCCUCUUUUUUCUUUCUGAUUUUCUCCAACUUGUAAAUUUGUGCCGCUUCUUGUUUAUCCUAUAUUGUUUGUCUCUGUUUCGAUUUUGUUGUUUGGAUUCGGGCUUAUUAAUUAUUUUGUAAAUUCCUUGGACAUGUAUCUCGGUGUAUAAUAGCAUACUCGAAUUACAUCUAAAAAGGGUUGGAGAUUCUAUAACACAAUCCCAAUGGUUAACAGCGUUUUUCUUA